AUCAGCUGGUGAGAAGAAGCCUCACAGAAAACRCAGAGACUCAGUCAGAGCUGGAUGUGAGAGACGCCUCGAGAACAUGUUCGCUGCUGAAACCAAAGCUUUCAUCAAGAACGUGGGACUCCAAGAAACUCUCAUCCCCAACUCAAACCUAAACGACAAAAUGGAUCUCCUGACUCUGGUGAAAGUCAGCGAGGGAAGUUUCUGGCAUUUUCCAAAGUACCAAAAGAUCCUGUGGACCCUGCCUGACCUGAUAGAGGAGGAGUUUUCUCCAGAUGCUGUGGAGGAAGUUCUGGUGAAGGACUUCAUAACGUCUGUAGAAACCAAAGGGUCCAGUAGGUUGGGGGGAGGAGAGCCGACUGUGGGAGAAGCUAAGMUCUCUGCAGGCACCGACUGUGUGGACUGUCUGGAAGAGCCUGUCAGCAUCCAGAAGACCAGAGCCAAUGUUGAGAAGAUGAGGAAGGUGUUAAGCGGCAGAACCAUCAAACAGGACAAGAUAAAAAAGCUGAAACUGAAGAAGGAGGACAAACUGACCUUUGUUCAUGAGAAAGUUUACAACACCGGAUCUGUGAAACUGAKCAAAAAGACCCAGUAUGACGGGUCCAUCUCAGGUUCCUGUCGGAAGAUGUUGGAUCUUCUCAUCACGGGCCAGAGGAAAGAAGUGACCAGCUUCACCAUCCCAAAGAAUUCCACCUUUGCUUACGGGCUGAUCGAGGUCCUGCUGGAGGACCAGAAGUUGGAUAUCUCAAUAGAACCCUGGAGCCACAAAGCAGGUCUGUUCAGCGACAGCAUCAACUCUGAGACGCUGCAGCAAAUCAGAGAAGGGAUUGAGAUGAAGGAGAGUCUCCUUAAACCUCUGGCAGAUCUUCCAGAAUCCACUCGUCAUGAUCUGCUGAAGAAACUUCAGGAGGUUCUGGAGGUCCAGGACGGUCUGGCUCAGCUGGAGGACAUGCUGGAUCAGAGCGAUAAAGGAUCAGAUGAGAGUCCUCAGUCUCAGGUGGUCUCGUCCUUCAUGGAUCUGAUCGAUGUGUCCAAGGUGUCCACAGCUGUGAGGGACGCUGUCCACCUGCUGGUCAGCGCUGUGGACUCUCUGCUGGACGUGAUGCGCCGUCCUCUGAUCUCCUGCGGUCCCGAGACUCUGAAGGUUCUGGUUCUGAUGGUGGACAGUCUGAAGGAGGACAGGGAGGUCCGUCUCCCUGAGUCCCUGCCUGUCCCCCUGCAGGAGGACGGGGAGCUGCGUUGGGUGGUGGAGCUCCUCUGCUCCUCUGAUGAGACUCUAGCAGACCUGAAGGACAUCUGGGACAGACCUCCUGAGGCUGUGAUGGAGGUUCUGGCUCUGACCGUGCUGGGACUGGACCUGCUGCAGAACACAGGCUGAGCCUGGUUCUGAGGACCCAGUUUAUGUUGAAGCCCUGCUCUGCUGCUUUUAGCCACUUUUAGCUAACCCCAACCCCAUUACCUUUAGCUUCCUUUUGUUCAUUUUAGUUAGCAUUCUGCUCAUUUAAACUUUGACAGCUCAGGUUUAGCUUCUUUCAGUCGUGCUUCGGCUCAGUGCUGUUUGUUUGUUUUAUAAUUAAAUCUGUUGCAAAAUAAG